AUGGAACCGGAAUUUGACCCAGCAAUCGAAAGAGUCAUUGGGUAUCAGUUCCACGAUCGAGGUUUGAUGGAAGAGGCUUUGGAAGAGAGGGGACUGGCAUCUGCAGGAAAUGAGCGGCUGGCCUUGUUAGGAGACAAAGUUUUAGCACUCAUGCUGAUUUAUCGUUGGUACCGUGAAGGCAAUACCACAGCACAAGGGACACAUAUUCUUCGGGAUUACGCCUGUAAUAAGCAGUUGAGCUCUAGGGCAAGAGCUUUGGAUUUACAGGAGUUUGUUCACCCAAGACUAGACCUAGAAAGAGGCGUACCAGAUAGCACAUUGGCUACCACCGUGGAAGCAAUUCUUGGUGCUGUCUGGCUUGAUUCCGAAGAAAGCGUACAGAAAGUAAACGAAGUCUUCGAAAAAAUCAGCCUAUAUCCGCCCUCGAGCAGCGAUACCUGA